GCACAUGCGACUUUAUGUACGGUAAAAGCGAGCGAAAGAGAGCCGAUUUCUGGGCUGAAAGUUGCUUGGUUUGGUAGAUAUAAUACAAUUUCUGUAGUUUUUUUUUUGUUCGACCUUUUCCGACACCUUUUAUAUAUAUAUAUAUUAUUUUUACCCCUAAGACACCGUAAAUACAUUACUACGGUGGACUAGUGAUGCAAACGGCUUUCCAUUUGUUCACCUAAGUGUGUUUGUAAAUAGUUCUUGGCCGUCGUUAGAGCGGGAUUUGGUUUUACUAUUUCUUCCGUCUUCCAACCUGCGAAACCGCUGAAAGUACGCAAAUGCCCAUCUCUCAACAUUCUCACAGUGGACAAUUCUGUCUGCACGCCUCUGGAAACUUGGAAGAGGUCAUUCGAGAAGCUAUAAAACAAGGAUUUAAAACAUUCGCUUUCACCGAGCAUGCACCCAGGGACCACGAGGAGGACUUGUAUGAGGAAGAAAAACACCUAAAGGUACAAGACCUGUUCGACACGUUCGACGCAUAUUACAAGGAAGCACGCCGCCUGCAACAGGCUUACGGUGAUCGCAUUAACAUUUUGGUGGGCUCUGAGAUUGACUACAUACGUCCAGAAUCUGUACAACUUAUUCGAAGUCUACUCGACAAGUAUGACUUGGAUUAUAUCGUCGGCAGCGUCCACCACGUUCAUACAAUACCCAUCGACUUUUCCCCUGCGCUGUGGGAAGCAGCCUUGCACGCCGUAAACGACGAUUACGAACAGCUGUUCGUAGACUAUUUUGACCAUCAGUACGAAAUGCUUCGCCAACUGAAACCUCUGGUCGUUGCCCACUUCGACCUGAUCCGGCUGUUCAGUCCUGAGGCAGGACUUCGCGUUUUUGCAGACUCUCAGAAGGUUUCGGACCGGGUGCAGCGCAACAUUGACUUUGUAAACUCGUACGGCGGCAUUUUCGAGCUCAAUUCUUCUGCCUUCCGCAAGGGCUGGGAUACUGCAUAUCCAAAGAAAGAUAUAUUACAGCGCAUUUUGGAUUCGAAAGCACUUAUAACGCUGUCGGAUGACAGUCAUGGCCCUGCGCAAGUUGGCCUGAAUUACCACCGUUUAAAGCAAUACCUUAUUGACCAGGGUGUCCAGCAAGUUGCUGAGAUUCAUCGCAGUCAAACGGAGCAAGCAGCCAAGCCCACAUACAAACUAAUACCAAUCGAACAAGCAUGGGCGGGUUUCGUAGGACAACAUUAACAUAGCCAUCAAGCCAUUUAAACAAUCAAAAGCCAGUUGGUUUUAUAUCUAGUGUGCGCAUACAAAAGACGGGCAAUUGAUAAUACAGUAUAGGAGGUCGACUCUUCAUGUAAUUGUUUAUUCG